UUGGCUGCUUUGCACAUACUGUUAAUCUUGCAGCCAAGAAUGCAGUCUCAAUAAGUCAGGUAUCCCGACUCCUGGGGAAGAUUAGGAAGGUGGUAACAUUUUUCCAUCGGAGCACAACAGCCUCCCACGCCCUAAAAGCCAAACAGGAGAUGCUGAAAUUGCCAGUUCACAAACUAAUACAUGAUGUCCCAACCCGUUGGAACACAACGUAUGACAUGCUGGAGCGUUACUUGGAACAGCAGGCUUCCAUCUAUUCUGCUCUGAUGGACAAGGAUGUUAAGAAAAAUGUCAGAGACAUUGCUGUUUUGACUGACAGUGAGGAAAAACUGGCAGAGGACCUAACCAAGAUUCUCAAACCUCUUAAGAAUGUGACAACAAUCAUGAGCACAGAAACAUCCCCUUCAGUGUCCAUGAUCAUCCCUCUGCAGAAGAUGAUACUAAAAUCCAUGACACCCAGUGAAGAGGACAGCUCCACCAUCAAAGAAGCUAAGGCAGCCAUCACUAAAAACCUGGAAGACAGAUACAGGGACCCUGAUCUUCAGGACUAUCUGCACAGAAGCACAACCCUGGAUCCAAGAUUUAAGUCCCUGCCCUACUUGGAAGAAGACAGUGUUAAGAAAAUCUACAGUGUUGUUACCAGAGAGAUCAUGGAAAUUGAAGAGCAGGUUCGACCCAGAGAAGCCCAGGUGGCCAGUUCAUCCUCAACUGGAGAGCCAGAGGCAUCAGAAAAGUCAUCUCCUCCUCAGAAAAAAUCUGCCAUGGCAGAGCUUUUUGGAGAACUCUUUACAGCAGAGAAGGCAACCACCAAGUCUUUGUUCCAGAUCACUGAGGAGGAGGUCAUGUCAUACAGGCUCACAGGAUGCAUUCCUGCAGAUGAAAAUCCACUUGCAUGGUGGAGAAACAACGAGCAUAAUGCGUCACUGAAGGCUAACGAGACUCACUUCCGACGGCACACGGAGCGCCUGAUUGUAAACAACCAAGUCCCGCCCCUGUCCUACUUCUGA